GGCGUACAACAUAUACACUAGAUAAAGCUAAUAGUGUAGUUUUUCGUUUUAAAAUUUUAUAGCUUCCCCUAUCGGUUAGUUUCGAAGUUAAAACAUUCCAUGGUACUUUUCGACGGUUUUUAAAUAUUAUAUAACCCUCGGGAAACUGUCUAAUAGUGUAAUUAACGCAUGGUAAUAAUUUUUCGGACGUUAGUGUAUGGUGUGAUCGAGUGAAAUGGCAAGGUUUUUCAAAACGGCAUGUUCAGUCAAAGAAGAAAUCUCUAAUUUGACGAACCGGUAAUGAGGUUAAGUUAGCUGGGAGUAUGGGACCGCCGGGAUGGGCAUGUGUACAAACCCAAAGGGCAAGUUUCGUCCAUUGACCAACGCAACGGUACCGGUACUGCCUCAAAGCUCUUUUCCCGCGUAUACACUUCUUACAGCCUUAUUCAUUUUCGUCUUGAUACAAACAGUUGACUGUAUUCAAGAUGCGGUGCACAUCACAGCAAUACUCGGUGAGUCGGUGGUGUUCAAUUGCCACGUGGAGUUCCCUGAGGGACAUCCCGUGCCAUACGUGUUACAAUGGGAGAAGAAGGUAGGCGAAACGAAAGGCAGCGCCCUGAUUGAGUACUUUUUAAAGGGACAGGACAUACCGAUUUACAUUUGGUAUGAAAGUUACCCGACGCACAGCGGUGAAGGAUACGAAGGUAGGGUAUCGAGGGUAUCGCCGGAUUCCCCAUAUGGAGCCGCCUCCCUUAACCUCACAAAUAUUAGAGAAUCGGACCAAGGAUGGUAUGAAUGCAAAGUGGUAUUCCUCAACCGUCCUCCCAAUCAACCGAAAAACGGUACUUGGUUCCAUUUGGACGUGCACGCACCCCCCAGGUUCGUAGUGACACCCGAAGAUAUCAUCUACGUUAACCUGGGGGACGCCAUUAUUCUAAAUUGUCAAGCCGAAGGGACGCCCACUCCUGAAAUUCUUUGGUUCAAAGACGCCAAUCCUGUCGAACCAUCUUCGACGAUAGGCAUUUUCAACGACGGCACCGAAUUACGUAUAUCCAACAUCCGACACGAAGAUAUAGGAGAUUACACUUGCAUAGCUCGUAACGGCGAAGGUCAAAUUUCGCAUACGGCUCGUGUGAUAAUAGCAGGGGGCGCAGUUAUUAUGGUACCGCCGACGAACCAAACGAAAUUAGAAGGCGAAAAAGUCCAAUUCAAUUGCGAAGCUAAAGCGCAGCCGGGCAAUGUAACCGUCAAAUGGUUCAGGGAAGGCGCCCCGGUUAAGGAAUUAGCUUCAUUGGAAACGAGAGUCACCAUCAAAAGAGACGGUUCUCUAGUUAUAAAUCCGGUUAGUUCGGAGGAUUCCGGUCAAUAUCUUUGCGAGGUCAGCAACGGUAUCGGGGAACCCCAAUCAGCAUCGGCCUACUUAAACGUCGAAUAUCCGGCGAAAGUAACGUUUACUCCCACCAUACAGUACCUGCCGUUUCGUCUAGCUGGCGUGGUUCAGUGUUAUAUUAAGGCGAAUCCUCCAUUGCAAUACGUCACGUGGACUAAGGACAAACGAUUAUUGGAACCUUACCAGACCAAGGAUAUCGUCAUUAUGAAUAAUGGUUCGUUAUUAUUCACCAGAGUCAAUGAAAACCAUCAGGGUCGAUAUACUUGUACCCCUUACAACGCGCAAGGUACCCAAGGUAGUUCCGGACAAAUGGAAGUAUUGGUUAGAAAACCGCCAACUUUCAUCAUCGAACCGGAAACGAUGUACCAAAGGAAAGUAGGGGAGUCCGUCGACAUGCCCUGCGAUGCCGUCGAAGCCGAAGGUACACAAAAACCUACCAUACAAUGGCAGAGAAGAGACGGUACUCCGCUGCCGAAGAACCGCGUCAAGUUAGUUGGAGGUAAUUUGACUUUGGAGUCGAUUCGUCGCUUGGAUUUCGGAUUUUAUCAAUGCGUCGCCACCAACGAAGUAGCAACGAUCAUCACGGGGACGCAGUUAGUGGUAGAAGGAACUCAACCCCACGCACCAUACAACCUUACCGGAAUAGCUACGGAAUUUUCCGUAACCCUCAGCUGGUUACCUGGCUACAGCGGAGGCCCGGACUACAAACAGGAAUAUACCAUGUGGUACAGAGAAGCCGGAACAACAGAAUGGUCGACGAUUCCCGUAACGCCAUCUGGUGCGACUACUGUAACAAUAAAUAGGUUAGCUCCGGGAACUAAUUACGAAUUCCACGUGAUAGGAAAGAAUGCUUUGGGAGAUGGAAUGAUGAGCAAGAUUAUUACAGUGCGAACUGUGGAGGUGGGUCAACAAAAACCUAUAAAAAUUACCCCAACGCCCUUCAUGACACCAAACGAUGAUGCGGGACCAAAACCAGGCGUACCCCGAAACCUGACCGUUAACGAGAUCAGUAACGGUUUCUUAAUCACGUGGAUGCCACCAGUUGAAAGAGCUGAACUCAUACAACACUAUGUGAUCAAAUAUAGGACUGAUGGACCAUGGAAGACAUUGAACAAAGCUCAAAUUAGACCCGAAGACACCCAUUAUUUAGUUAAAAACCUAGUAGGCGGUCGCACUUACUAUUUCCGCAUUCUGGCUUACUCCGGCAAGAGUUACGAAACCAGCGAAGAAGUGAAAUUUUCAGUGCCGGCUCGCGUCAAACACAAAGCCCUUACUGCCGGCGUCGUAGGUGGUAUCCUCUUCUUCAUAGUCGCCAUUACGCUGUCCGUUUGCGCGGUCAAAAUUUGCAAUAAACGCAAACGACGGAAACAAGAAAAAGCUUACAAUAUGGUAGCCUGUCGUAUAACAGAUUCGAGAAACGGAGGUAACGCUACAGACAGUCAAGUGCCUUUGAAAAAACUUAGAAAAGGCCGAAUACCAGGUUUGAGAACUCUGGCAUUCAUCGCGAACUGGAUAUGGCCGAGAGAUCGAUGCCGUUCCGGUAGCCUAUCAAGUCUCACCUGGCAUCCAGACUACCUCCAUCCAGGUUCUCCUUCCAAAUCUUUGGCGCGUAUAUCCAGAGCGGCCGACGGUCGUUUCGUUUUGGUCGAUUCGGUGUUGAGUUUGCGCGCCGAUAGUGCCUCUAACAUUUCGAGCAGCGACGACGGGGGAUUUUUACCGAAACGAGGCGCUAAUAAUCGAGCUUCGUGGCGAAGACCGCUCGUAGGUUAUCCCAGCGAACUCAGUCUACGAUCUGACGCUUCGGGACAAUCUGCUUCUGGAUUACCCGCUUUCAUCAUCGGACAAAGGUAUCAACAACAAUCGAAUUUGAAACCUUUACAAACAAUAUACAGUCCCCAUACACCCCAAGUGAUGUCUAGCAGCCCGGCGACUUCCAGCGGAUUAUUAUUAACUCCUUGGUCUCCCAUGUACUUUAGUGAUUUGAGCUCGGUUAGAUAUACCAGUUCGGGGGAGCGGUCGUUUCCCACGCCGCCAGGUUUCAUGCAACUAAAAUCCGUUCACGAAAGAUAUUCCCAAGAACUACCACCGCUAAAAGCCAUCCACGAAGAACAUCAAGGUUUUAUUCCCGUUCAUCCUGUAAGAGAUAGUCCUAGGGUAAUACCUCAACAUAGAUUAGCCAGAAGCUCUAGAUUGUUACCGCCCAGACACGCGCGGAUAGCGAGAAGCGCUCCCGAGCUGGAUCACCUCGAUAGAUCGCCCGAAAGUAGAUCUAGCUCGAGCGGAUUCGGAAGUAAGAAUACUUCGCAACAAAAUCAGAGCUCGCACAGCGGUAGUACGUUGAUAGGUUGGGGUCUACCGCCUUACAGACCACCGCCACCUGUGCCAUCCAUGUUACCACCACCGCCUCCCUCCCUUGUUGGCCAUUGGCUGGAUAUCGCCAGUUCUUCUCCUUCGGCCUCGGAUCACAUUCACAAGGCUGUAGAUGUCGGUAGCGUCGACGGCCAUUACGAAUUCGAUCCUAGUACACCCACGCCUACUCCUUCCACACCGACAGGCUCUAGAGAUAUAGAUUUAGAUACUACCGGUCCUGGACCUCCUCAACGGAAAAGCUACGGAAUCAUAAGAAGCAGAUACGACAACAUCGACGCCAGAGUUCAGGCCAUGAAGCAAGAAUUCAACGAGUUCAGGAAAAGGCAAGCCAGCAGAAGACGAAGCCAGGAAUUGGAAAGUGCCUGUUGAUGCACAAUUUUUUUUUCUUUGGUGAGUGCGUGAAUUCGUCGUUUUUAUUUUGUGUCAAAUAUUUGAAGCUCUAGGUAUAUUUGAAUAUCAAAAUUCUUGGAAUCGCAUUAAAUAAAUUUUCAAUUCACUUAUUUUUUUUAUGCGAAUGUUUUAGCAAAAAUUUAAUAAUAAUAAUAAUAAUAAAUACAGAAAAAAAAUUGAGGAAGCAGACACUCCACUUUGAAACAAGUCAAAAAAAGGGAAGACGAGUCGAUAAACUGAAGUCCUCAUCUGGAAAAUUAAAUCGAGGACCACAUUUGUAAAAAAAAGUCAAGGAAACUAAGACUACACCUCAAAAAAAUCGAGGAGCCUACCGAGGCGGAGAUACCCCCUCAAAAAAAGUCUGCAAGUUGGAAAUCUCACCCCAAAAGUCGACGAGGCAGAAAUUCCACCUCAAACAAAGUCGACGAGGCAGGUUUUUGAUCUCCAACUAAGUUUACGAGACGGGAAUUCCACAUCAAAGAAAGUCGACGAGGCGGGAAUUCCAUUUCAAACAAAGUCGACGAGGAGGGAAUUUGAUCACAAACUAAGUUAACGAGGCGGGAAUUCAACCUCUAACAAAGUGGACGAGGCGAGAAUUCCAUUUCAAAAAAACUGACCAGGCGGAAUUCCAUCUCAAAAUAAGUCGAUGGGGCAAGAAAAAAAAAUAUCAAGCAAAUAAGGACUAUAUAUUUAAAAAACAGAGAAAGCGAGAAAAUUUUGAGACGACGAAGUGAGGACACCAACUGAACGAACAAUUUAAGACUGACUCUGAGGUUCUCAUCUUUAAAAAUACAUUGUAAACAUAAUUAUGCCAUCUUAAAAUCGAGUUGGUGAGGUCUUCGGAAAAAAACAAGGAAUCCAUCUCAAAAGAAUUGUGGAAGCGAGGAGGUGGAAAAGGAUCCCAAUUCAGAAAAAAAUUAGUAGAGCUAAAAUCCCAAUCUCAAGAACUAAAAUAAAGUCGAUACAGAACUUCACCUCACAAAUAAGUCUAAGAAAUGAAAGCGAGGACCUUCUGAAAUAAAUACCGAGGUAUCUAGGACCUCAUCUCAAAAAAAUAGGUCUACAUCGAAAAAGCGGACGAAGAAGUGGACUCAAAGAAAAAUUUGAAAGACUGAGGUCCACAUUUUGAUCAAUAAGUCUUUGAAUGAUUUUGAGUCUAAAAUAUUUUUUAAUGAAUAAUUUUUUCUGUACAUUUUUAAAAUUGAAAUUUCCAAUAAAAUUGUAUCUGUAAAUAUUCCUGGGUGAGGUUUCCACGUUGUAUUUGAGUGAGAUUUUACUCGGUUUUUAUAGAGUACAAAUUACAAUCAUUUGUCAUUAUUAUUGAUCACAUUUUCGAUUAAUUCAAUUUCGGAGGAUGUAUUAUAAAAAAAAUAAUCAUCGAGAUAUUUCUAGAGCUUCCAAAUAGGAUUUUCUAUACAAAAAACUCAUAUUUGUCGAUUUCAGUGUGAUAUCGUAACAACUACAAGCAAAAAAAACGAAAUAUGUUCUAAAUCUUGUAAUAAAUGUAUAACAGAACCAAACGAGACGUUUAUAAGAUCAAAUUAUUAAUUAAAUAAGAUUAUAAGUUAUAAAAUUAUUAAAAAAAAAACAAAAACACAUUUGUCAUAGGUAAUUUCUAAUGUAGGGAUAAGUACGAGGCUCAAACUCGGAUUGUCACUGGAAGGCUAUAAGGAAAAUCUGUCGUUCAUGCGAUUUAUUUAGUUGUCGAAUAAAAAAGACCUUAAAUUAGGUCAUUGAUUUUUUUUUUGAAAAAUAAAUCCAAUUUUUACAUAAAAACAGAAGACUAAAAAAAACUAUUUCAAAAUUUAAUCUUCCAGUACAAAUCCAAAAACUACACAACUUUAUAAUACACGUAUCAACGUGUUCGAAGGAAUGAUCGAUAUAGAAAGAGAAAUUAAAUCUAUUGAAUUACAUUCAAAAAAAUUUUAACAAUUCAAAAACCCCAUAUAAAAAUAUUUUUCCAAAAUAUAGUAAAUUUAAUGGGAAAUUCGAUAUAAAAAAAAAUUUAAGCUAUUUACACAAAAAAAAUGAUGGAACCCAAACAAUUUAAAUCGAAUUUAACGAAAAAUAUUUCAAGAUUUCGUUAAUAACAAUUUUUUUGAUUGUACUACAACAAUUUAUUUCUCAUCAAAUCAUUCUUUUUCAAUAAAUUCUAACGCUUUAGCGCGGUCUUCGAGAUCGUGAUCACCAACAGUGGCGUAACCAAAAAAAAUUUUCCCCCCAGUUUAUAUUUUUACCCACCCUUUCGUUACGCCAUUGUUAAACAAGAGAGGCUGUUGCGUUUUGUAAUAUUAGAUGUUUAGGAUCACAUUAUAUAUAUAGUGAUGUACCUUGCGUCUACUAGAGGCGCCCCUAGGAUCCCAAGUUGGGCCACGGCGUCAAAACGAAUCGGAAACUACUAACCUAUAUAAUUUUUUUUUAAAUAUAUAUAAACAAAGGACCUUGGAAACAAAUUAUAAAAACAAAAACAUUUUUUAAAUCAUUGUUUGGAAUUAACAUUACACCAUUUACUUAAUAAACUAUAUUAGGAUUUAGUAGUAUCCCGAAUUUUGUCAAUGACAGUUCAUUUCCAGAACACUUCACAGAACACAUAAGAGGAAACGUCAACCUGUAAAACGUUGUGUUUUAUGGAAAUUCAAUAGAAUCGAAUAAUCGAAAAAAAAUCGAUCGAUAUGAGUACUUCUGCUACUGUCAUUUCAUAUCAAAAUGUUUGGUUAGAAAAUAUUAUCCGCUUCGUUUUGAUUGCUUUUUCACUUUUGUUAACAGUUUUAGUAUAUCUAUGAAAAUAUAACCAAACAAACUAAAAGUGGAGGUUCUAACACAUCAUUCAACAAGUCGUGUGACUAACUGUAACAUUUUUUUUGCCAAUAAUCGAUUUUAUUCUUCCUUUAAUACAGUAUUCCAAAGCUUCUCCAACUUUUCGAUGCCGUGCUUGUAUAAGGAUUUGUCUUUUGCCUUAAAAUAGGCUUCAGUUUCAGCGCCUUCAUUUGAUCUGAAUUUCUUUCUAUUUUUUUGACAUCAGCGAAUAUCCAGUAGUCACUGGAGGCUUUGUGGACUUUUUUGAUGUUUUCUGGACGACCAGAACCUUCACCAUCAUUGGUGUAUAUACAACCACACAAGAAAUUGAAUCAGUGAUUUUGAAAUUAAUUGUAGAGUAUUUUGAAAGUUGGUACUACAUAAACGUCAUACGGAUUUGACAAUGGCACUGCCCUCUGUGUGUCAGUUACACGACUUAUUGAGUGAUGUAAUGUAAGUGCAAUACAGUCGAACUCCGAUAAUUCGAACACCGAUAAUUCGAAUUCCUCGUUAAUUCGAACUUUUGCGUCGGUCCCUUGACAUUCCUAUUACUAACACAUGUAAAAAAACCUCGAUAAUUCGAACUUUUGAAGUUCGAAUUAUCAAAAAAUUCGUAUUUUCUGUGUUAAUUACAAAAAAAAAAUCGAAUUUUUGGCGUUUAAAUAAUUGAAAAGUUCGAAUUUUUGAUGUUCGAAUAAUUGAAAAAUUCGAAUUUUUCUUGUAUAAAUUAUGUAUAUACAAAGGUAUUAAAAAAUUCGAACUGUUAGUGUUGAAAAAAAUUGAAAAAUUCGAACUGUUAGUGUUGAAAAAAAUUGAAAAAUUCGAAUCUUCAGAUUCUAGGUAAGACGACGAUAUUUUGUCGAAUCACUCGAUUUGCUUCAAAGGAAAAAAUCGUCAGCAUGAAGCAAUCUAGCAUAGCUGAUUUCUUUACAAAAAAAUAAAUAUAUGUAUUUUUUUUUAUUUUAAGAUAAAUAAUCGGUCCUUUUUAGGACCAAAAAUUCUUCAAACGUAUACAAAUUAUUAUUUUAAAUAAAUAAAUAAAUAAAUAAACAUGUUAUAUACCCAUAACAUAUUUAUUUAUUUAUAAAAUGGAAAGAUGCAUCGAAAUGCAUACAUAUAUGUAUGUAAAUGUGCACAACUCCGAUAAUUCGAACACCUCGAUAAUUCGAACUUUUGCUACGGUCCCUUGCAGUUCGAAUUAUUGGAGUUCGACUGUAAUAUUAUUAAAUCUUUUUGAAUUUCAAACGAGAAUCAACUAAAUUUUCAAUACCAAAAAAAAUUUCGAGCGUAUACAAUUUGUUUGCAAUAAAAAGGGAGACCUUUUUAUUGAUAAUAAAAAAAUUUUAUACCCUAAUCAAAACAUUAUGAAAUUAACGUAACAUAAACAAAGUGAAUCUUAACCUAAAAAUUACUUAAAUUAUAUAUUUUUUUGUAUGUACUUGCCGAAAAAAAUAUAAUUUUCGAAGAAAAAUCGGGGAAUUUAUGGUUUUCUAAAUUUUUUGGUCAUAAAAGUGAGAAAAUCUCGGUUUUUCAAUCUCUACUGUCAUAUUUAUCUUGAAUGCAACGAAAAAAUAAAUGAAAUUAAAACCCACUUCCAAAUAACUGAAAACAUCUAGUUUAUGUUAAGAGUUUAUUUAAAUACAAAAAAAAAUAAUUUAUAAUCAUAAAAAUAAAAAGUAUAAAAAACAAAUUCAAAAUUUUGUAACAUUGUUUCAAUAUUAUUAGUUGAUUCUCAUUGGUUUAAGAGUAUGGUGGAGUGAAAGUUGUUUAUUUUUGAAAAUGAUUAUCAAUUUACUGGUAAUUCAAGUGGGGGUUUCAAAUAUUUAACAAACAAAAUUUUCAUGACAUUUUUAUAUCCUCAAUUAUCAUUAUUUUCGUAUAAAACUGUGAUAAUCUAGAAGUAGAUGCCACAUAUUUAUUAGCCUGGGAUUGAGUAUGUCCCCAUUUUCUAGUUUGUUUGGUACAUCUUGUAUCUAUACUUUUUAUUUUUGUUAAUGGACGUAUUUGUGAACAAUAUUUAUAAUUAAAGAUUAAUUUUGAUAAUAAUUGUAAAUAUGAAAAGAAAUUGUUCACGCUUUUGUUCAUAUUUCAAACUGUUUUUUUUUUGAGAUUUAGACUAAAUCAAAUUCAUAUUUAUUCGAUGAAUAAUAUAUUUUACUUUAUUUUUUAUAUUUUUACGAAUUUAUCGUUGUAUAAGUGAUAUCUGAUUUAGUACAAUUCAUAAUUUAAUUUAUUUGUUUGUUUUUGACUGAUUUAUAUACUAUUAGGUGUGUGGCUAGGAGAUUCUUACAAUUUUUGAGCUAUUCUUAUAACAACGUUGAUUUUGUUGAUUAAUUAUGCAGUUAUAGUACACUAUAACAGUAAUCUCGUUUUUUAGUUCUAGAAAAUCAUCAGAUUUCAAUGAAUUUUUUUUAAAUCUUUGUGUUUAUGAAAAAAUUAUAGGGAUAACAAAAAAUGCAAAACUUAUAUUAAUUUCACGGCUUUGAAUCUGUCCAAUGAAGUUAUUAUAGUUUUUUCUCAAUUAACACAAAACAAAAUAUACAAAAAAUGUUGAUUUUUCAUGUUUUUACAGCUCUAAAUAAUAAUACUACCUGUAAAAAGUAACUUUCUCUUACAUUGUUUACAUUUCACCAAAACUAGUUUUCGAUUCAUUCACAAAUAAUUGAAUCACUUUUAUUCACAACCAAUAAUACAAAUAACAGUUAAUUCUUGAAACAACUAAUCACUUUCUAUUCGUACUGCGAUUUUUUUUUCUUGGUUAGGCCUCUCUUCUUUUUUGAAAUGACAACUGUUGUCUACUUCACCAUAGAAAAAUAAAAAACAAAGAAGUGUUAUACACUUUGUUCGCUGGUUCAAUUCCGAUUCAGUUUAGGAACCAAUCGCAAACGCUAUUUCAAAGUUGCCGUUCUGCUCUAAAUUUGAAGGAAUAGUUCUGUGUUCAAAAGUAGCAUAUUUUAUUCAUUAUAAUUAUCUCGAAUGCUGGUAAUACAGGAAGUACUAAUUCUUACAGGAACGAAUUGAUUUUCGUUCACCUAAAUCAUUUUUUUUUAUAUAUGUUUUUGGAAAGCUCAAAAAUUGCGCUAGCCCCCUUUAAAAAAAAACCGAGUACUUUAGGGGAUACCGAAGGCGUAAAAGCAACACCACUUGUAGUUAUAAAUUUUCAAAAGUGCUUUUGCGCCUUCACAAAAUGUUAAAUUUCCAAAAUACAAAAAAAAAUCUUGCCAAUGAUAUUUAUUACUGAUAAAUAAGGACGGAGACAUUUUUAAUAACAUUUUGCAUGUUCACUAGGCACUUGAUCUUUUCUAAAAGUUAAACGGGAUAUGAAAAAAAAACUACCUGUAUAUUAAUAUCAUUUCACGAAGCACACUGACGAUUUAGUUGUAGAAAUUUUUAGUUGUAAGUGUUAAGUAGUAAACCGACAGUUGUUACUAUGUAACUACGCUGUAUAAAGCAUCACAUCUAAAUAAAAAUACAAUAAAACGUU